AAGCAGCUGUACCAGGACUGGAGUCCCGCUGGAGUGGGGGGGACGCAGCGUGCAGACCCCUUACUUGGCUGCGCUGAACGGAGCUCUGGCGUCCCUGAUGCAUCCAUCGCCUUGCGCUCUGUGGGGCUGGGCGGCCUCCUCGCCCCUCCUCUCCCCGGGGGCGGUGCCUGACAGCGGGGCGGGCUCAGUGGCGGGGGCUCAGACGCCCGGCGGCGGGCGGCGGGACGCACGGGGCCAGGGGCCGGGGAGGCACCGGCCAACGCCAUGGACCUGAUAUCGGCGCUAAGCCUGGGAGAGCUAGCGCUCAGCUUCUCGCGGGUGCCGCUCUUCCCAGUCUUCGACCUCAGCUACUUCAUCGUCUCCAUCAUUUACCUGAAGUAUGAGCCAGGAGCUGUGGAGCUGUCGCGGCGCCACCCGGUGGCGUCCUGGCUGUGUGCCAUGUUGCACUGUUUCGGGAGUUACAUCCUGGCCGACCUGCUCCUCGGGGAGCCCAUCAUCGACUACUUCAGCAACAGCUCCAGUAUCCUGCUGGCCUCUGCAGUGUGGUACUUGAUUUUCUUCUGUCCCUUGGACCUCUUCUACAAAUGCGUCUGCUUCCUGCCGGUGAAACUCAUCUUUGUGGCUAUGAAGGAGGUGGUGAGGGUCCGAAAGAUCGCCGUGGGCAUCCAUCACGCACACCACCACUACCACCACGGAUGGUUCAUCAUGAUCGCCACCGGGUGGGUCAAAGGCUCUGGUGUCGCCCUCCUGUCCAACCUGGAGCAGCUGCUUCGAGGAGUCUGGAAGCCAGAGACCAAUGAAAUCCUGCACAUGUCCUUCCCCACCAAGGCCAGCCUGUACGGAGCCGUCCUGUUCACCCUGCAGCAGACCCGCUGGCUCCCGGUGUCCAAGGCCAGCCUCAUCUUCGUCUUCACCAUGUUCAUGGUGUCAUGUAAGGUGUUCCUGACGGCCACACACUCCCACAGUUCUCCAUUUGAUGUCCUGGAAGGCUACAUCUGCCCGGUGCUGUUUGGGGCAGCUUGGGGAGGUGACCAUCACCAUGACAACCAUGGAGCACCACAUGGCGGCGGGCCGGGCACCCAGCACUCGGGCCUGCCUGCCAAGGCCAGGGAGGAGCUGAGCGAAGGCUCCAGGAAGAAGAAGACCAAGAAGGCGGAUUAGGGGGUGGACCCAGGCAUCCACGGGGUGUUGGGGAGAAGGGUAUGGACUCAGGGAACCUCAGAACUUAGGGGCAUCCAGGGCUCAGAGUUCCCCUCCACCAGCCUCGACUUCCCUAGCUGCAAUUUGGGGUCAGCAGCCACUCCCAGGGCUGAUGAGGGUGGAGGAGGUGGGUAGGAGUGAGAAGCCCUGCUUCCUGCCAGACCUCUCAUGACGUCACAGCCUUCGGGGUCACCCAUCCUCACGGCACCCACAGCAGAGCCCUGGCCAGUAGAUUCUUGGUUUUCUUUGUUCUUUCAAAUUAUAUCUUGUAACCAAAAGAAUUUAAAGCCCACGUGGAGACUCAGUUUCCUGAGUUCCUCCGGAGAUCCAGGUGCUGGGGUUCUCACGUCCUGUCCCUCCCAGGACCGCCCUAGAAUUUUGUGACUCCUUCUGGGCAUCUUGGGGUAAAUUGCCUCCUUCUCUGAACCUCUAGCUUCCUCUCAGUAGCGCGGAGACCCCGGGUCCUCCUGUGUACAGAGGGUAGAUAAUGUCAGAAGUCUCCUAAGCAGCAUGCUAUGGCCAGGGAGCCUGCGUGAAGGACCGUGGCGGAUGCUUUGUACCUCAGGCUGUUUGUGUUUGGGCCCAGAAGGUCUCACCAGUUACUCAGCUGAGCGGAUACAUCCAGGGCUGCUAGGAAGCAGAGCUUGGGUUUCCAGCUGCCCACAGGCAAAAGAAGUGUAGCCACCUGCAUGCAGGGCAGAGUGUAAAGAGUCAACCGCCUUGAGUGCUCACAGUUGGGCCCUGGACACAUCAGGGGUCCCUCAUGCCGGAUCAACAUUGUUCAUUCAGUCAUUCAACAAACAUGAUCCACACCUGCUCCGUGUACAGUGCUAUGCUGCUGCUGGAGAGGAGCAGGCCUUGUACAGAGUCACCAGAAGGUCUGAGAGGUGAGUGUGGGGCCAGGCUGGGCUCAGGCUCCUGUGAGUACCCAGUCUGCUGAGAAAGCGCCUUCUCACGGCAUUGCCCCCACCCAGGUAGGGUAGGGCCUGAAGCUGGAAGCCCCUGGGUUUCAUCCUCCUGGUGUCAAUCAAAGCUCAGUGCGAGUGAUAAGCCAAUAAAUGUGGUGCCAGUGAACCA